CAGCCUACAGUUUUGGUUCCGUGAUUAUUGUCUUAUAACAUUACUGACUCUAAAAUAUAAAUGAUAGGCGCGAAUAAGUUAUUUAAUUCUAAAAUCUAGAGUGCAAAGGACAAUGAAGAAAAUCUGCCGAAUUUGCCUGGAUAAAUCCGGAGACAUGGUCAAUGUAUUUGACAACCCGAUAGAACUGGGCAUUUCAAUUGCUGAUAUGAUAUCGCAAUUUACCGGUUCGCACGUUUCUAGAGAAGAUCCUUUUCCAGAGACCAUUUGCCCGCCCUGCCUUCAGGAUGCUAAAAUCGCAUAUCAGAUCAAACAAAGAUACGAGAAGAACCAGCAGAUUUACUCUCAGUACAAAGAGCAAAUCUUGCAUGAGGAGGAAUUUGUGAUUCCAGACUUUCAGAGAACCAGAUCUAACAGUGGUGAAAAAAGCCAAGAGUUUAACUUGCAGAUAAAGCUAGAAGAAAUCGAUGAUAAUUUUCUGGAGAUGGAGGAGCCCUACGAAGAUGAAUGCCUAGUAAAGAACGAAGCAAUUAAUGAUGAUGUAAUUGAGGAAGGAUCGUGCCAAAUUCCAGAUGUUAAUAUCGACCAUUAUAUAAAACAAAAUCAUCAUAGCACAGCCUCAUCGAUAUUGAAAUCAGUUGAAAACCAAAUUAUUGCUAUAUUGAAAGAAAACGAACUCCUCAGAGUUAAGCUUGACCUAGUUUCAAAGGAGUUUGCUGAGCUCGCGGGAAAAAAGGGUCAGCAAAAGCACAAACCAAAAGUCACACACAAAAAAGAUGAUGCGCCUGAACCCUCUAAGGUCAUAAGAUUCCCCAUUACAUCUUUGGCCGAAUUGGACCAUUUUGAAAGACAAUUUUCCCCAGAUUUUAGGGACUUUUAUAUCAGUAGAAUUUGCGACCACUUGGCCCGCGGUCCCCUUUCCAGGAAACUGAAUAAUAUUCUGGACGAGGACCUCGUAAACAAAUUUAAUUUGAAAGGAAGUGCCGGUAAACUGUCUUUAGGGUCCUACAAGUCUUUUUAUGACGUCUUGGAGGCUGCGACAAAAAUAGUCCACCCAAACGAGCCGGUCAAAAAUGUGAUUCGAAAGGCUUUAGGAACCAUAAAAAACAAAAUAGUUAAAAGAAAGUCGAGAUCUAGGAAAGGAUUGCAGUCGCAUAUAUAAAAUAUAUCCAUGUUAAUGUACUAAUAGUGUUCUAGAUUAAUAAUGUUCUACAAAAUAUAACAUUUUAAAAUUGUAUAAGAUAAAAUGUUUUACACCGAGUGUAAUCAUAAAAUUUAAAAAA